GUUCAGGAGGACAUCCAAAACACACACACACACUCACGCGCAUGCACAGCCUGCACAGUGACAGGCAGAAGGAAGGCGGAUCUGUAGCUUACAGCAGUCAGGACUUCCUCAGCAGAGCAGAGCAGACAGCACAGUAAAUCAUGAAUGAUCCGGCCCCGCGUCCUGCUUGCUCCGGGUUCCCGUGGCUGGUGGCAGCGUCGCAGUUGGUGGGUCUGGCGGCGGUGGUGGUCACCGGCGUGUGGAUGGGCAACUACCGCGGUGGCUUCGCCUGGGACGGCUCAGUGCGGGAGUUCAACGUGCACCCGCUCUGCAUGGUGCUGGGGCUGGUCUUCCUGCAAGGCGACGCCAUCCUGGUCUACAGAGUAUUUCGAAAUGAGGCCAAGAGGAACGUUAAGAUGCUUCAUGGCAGCAUUCACCUGCUGGCCCUCGUCAUCAGCAUCAUAGGGUUGGUAGCUGUGUUUGAAUUCCAUAAAGUAGCAAAGAUCCCAGACAUGUACAGUCUACACAGCUGGUGCGGCAUGGCUACCGUAGUCUUAUUCAGCGUACAGUGGGUGAUGGGUUUGCUGUUCUUCGUGUUACCUGUUGCGUCGGCAUGGUUACGAGCGUUGUACCUCCCCGUCCAUGGGUUCUGCGGUAUGAUGAUGCUGGUCAUGGCCAUCGGUACCAGCCUGCUCGGCAUCACGGAGAAACUCCUCUACACCAUCAUGCCAACCUACUUUAAGUUCACCUCAGAGGGUGUGCUGGCCAACAUCUUGGGGAUCCUGCUGCUGUGCUUCGGGGUGCUGCUGUGCUACCUGAUCACCAGGGAGGAGUACCGCCGUCCGCCGAACCCUGAGGAGGAGUCUCUGUCCAUCCACUUCAAGACCCUGACCGAAGGGAAGUCGCCCACCACACCGUGACCUCAGGGUGACGUCUUGACCGACCCCCUCCCCAUCUUAAUACAGUGUGCUACCAAGAAACUAGCUAGUGUUACAAGUAUCUGUUAUUAGCUAUUUACAGAAUGUGUCCGGUGGUAUGAAUGUUUUCGUAGUCCCAACAAAAUCAACAGAGUGAUACAUCUUUUUCCGGUAAAACGAUUCAAUAGUUUAUUUUAUAUAUCCCAAAAUCAUUACAAAUUUGCCUCAGAGGGCUUUACAAUCUGUACACAUACGACAUCCCUGUCUCAGGACCUCACAUCGGAUCAGGAAAAACUCCCCAAGAAAUAGAAGAAAAAAAACCUUUCACAGGGAAGAAACCUCCAGUGUUACAAUCAUUUAUAUUGAUCAUUUAAGUUUUUCAAUGUAUUACUUUCAAUCCAGUAAACCCUGCGAGGCAAAUUACCAUUUUUAUUUUCCAAGGAUAAUCUUGUAGUGGUGCAUGUCAGCCUCUUGUGGCCAAAAUAAGUAUUACAACAACUAUCACAAUCACAAAAAACAAAAACAUUUUCACAUGCCAAAGCUUUUAUUCACAAGAAAAAGUUCAACUUUGAAAAAAUAUUUGAUCUUGUCUUUGAAAUACACAUUCCAAUUUGGAACCACUCGGAUCUGAUUUAUUUAUUUAUUUUUCUAAAUUGUUGAUGAAUCACUGAGCAUAAUAUUAAAUAGUAGUACGUUAGUAAAACAGAGUUAUUUGGAAAAUGAUUUAGAUCACACUACUUUUGUAGGUCACUAUUUCUUGCACAUGAAAUCUGUCCUCUCGUUUGAUUUUCUUUCCCAUGGUAUCUAUAUCUGUCCCAGAUCCAAGUGAAGUCAGUACAGUUCGUCCACAAUGCAAACACUUCAAACAAUACCAAAUAUAUAUUCCUUUUGCCCAUUAGUAAGCCGUUUGUAUUUAAAUGGACUGCCAUGUUAACAAUAUCUGUACAAUGUGUUUUCAAUUGUAUGUGAUAAAAGUUUGGUUACUUGAUGCACUUUGACCAAAGGACGUUAAAUUCCUAUCUUUCAAUGUGUUUAUCCAACAUUAAAUAUAUGUAGCUAGAGUUUUCUUUUUGGCCUGAGUUCAGGGCUCCGCACUCGUGCCUAAUACAAAGCUCUAACUGAACUUUUCUGAAUGUUGUCCAUCUAAUGUACUUUUUGUUAGUGUAAUCUUUAGUGGGAGGUAUUAAUGUCAUUGUGACAACCUGAAGGAAAUAAAUAUGUGUAGCGGCUUGAA